ACCAGCAGACCAAAAACAAAAAGUAGCAGAUGAGGCGGAGCGCGGUUAAACCCGACUCACUCGUACGGGUCAACCCGGAGUUUGAUUUAUAGAGUAUUAUUACACUUGUACUGGAAGUCUGGAACAAAAGCAAGCCCCAGUUUUGCGGAACGAACGAAGGCAAAACCCAGAAGAAGAAAGGAGCCGCACCAACACGAAGACAGAAUUGGUGAGUUCCAUUCGAGGUUAAGGCACAACCUCGAAUCGUAGCUGGUUGUGAAGGUAUCAGAGGCUUCAACCAGCUCAGAAGGUCACCCCCCACGUAUUUAAAUAGAGACAAACUAGCCCACAAAAGAGAUAGGUUGCUAUAGAUAGACAGAUUGACUGAUGGUCUAAAUAAACAAACCAGAACAUCAAACCACAGUCUUGCUUGUUCCAAUUAGGGAUGGGCGACAGUUAUGUCAUUCACACCCCAAGUAUUUCCAACAAACAGAGCCCCAAGAAAACAAAGAAGAAAAAGCGUGGGGGGGAGUAAGAAGAAAAUGACCACUGAGCAGACUCUGGCUUUCAAGUCUGUGAGUGAAUGGGUUUAUUUGGAUCAAGCUUCUUCACCGGCUUCCACUGCAGCUUCUUGUGUUGUGGAUGAUUUUGGGGUUCAGAAGACUCUCGGAAGAGGUGGAGAGAAGGUAGUGUUUGAAUUGCAUUCACAUUCAAAAUGCAGUGAUGGCUUUCUUUCGCCUUCCAAGUUGGUGGAAAGGGCUCAUGGAAAUGGGGUGAAAGUUCUUGCUCUGACAGAUCAUGACACAAUGUCUGGCAUCCCUGAGGCCCUAGAAGUAGCUCGGAGAUUUGGCAUGAAGAUAAUUCCUGGUGUUGAAAUCAGUACAAUUUUCCAACCAAGAGGAGAGUCUGAACCGGAGGAACCAGUGCACAUCCUUGCAUAUUACAGCAGCUGCGGGCCAACAAGUUUUGAAGAGCUUGAAAAGUUCUUGUCUAAUAUAAGGGAUGGUCGUUAUCUUCGUGCAAAGAAUAUGGUCUCCAAAUUGAACAAGCUUAAGUUUCCUCUUACGUGGGAGCAUGUUGCAAGGGUUGCAGGCAAGGGAGUUGCUCCUGGGAGAUUGCAUGUGGCCCGAGCCAUGGUUGAAGCCGGUUAUGUGGAAAAUCUGAAACAAGCUUUUGCCCGCUAUCUUUUCGAUGGUGGACCUGCAUAUGCUACGGGAAGUGAACCGCCAACAGAGGAUGCAAUAAAAAUGAUAUGUGAUACGGGAGGUGUGGCUGUGCUAGCUCAUCCAUGGGCAUUGAAAAAUACAGUUGCCAUCAUCAGAAGUUUGAAAGAAGCUGGUCUUCAUGGGAUGGAAGUUUACAGAAGUGAUGGAAAACUGACUGCAUACAGUGAUCUAGCUGAUACUUACGGUCUUCUGAAGCUAGGAGGGUCAGAUUACCAUGGCAAAGGUGGACAUGGUGAGUCUGAGCUGGGUAGUGUGAACCUUCCAGUUUUGGUUUUGCGUGACUUUCUUAAAGUAGCUCGACCAAUUUGGUGUGGUGCCAUUAGUCACAUAUUAGAGAACUAUGCUGACGAACCUUCAGAUUCAAAUCUAGCAAGGAUUACAAGGUUUGGGAAGGGAGGUUCCCCUUUAAGCUGCGGCAAGGACAUGAUUGAUCGUUGCUUGUUUUUGUGGUUGACAAAUGAAGAGAGGCAAAAUGCAGUUUUUGAGGCCAUUAAACUGAAGCUUUCUCGUAUUUCAAUUAAUCACGGAGGAAACCAGGUUGCUAUAGAGAGUAAAUAAUCAUUAUUCAUCAUAGUGAAUUUUGAGCAA